GCGGUCACCGAGUCACAGGGCUCGGGCACGUGAGGUGGUGGCCGUUACCCUAGACAGCCGGGAGCUGACCUAUUUAUUUCCUGCCGAGGGCCCCGAGCCGCGCGGGGCGAGCGUGGAGGAGGAGGAGGAAGGAGGAGGACGGACGGGUCGCGCUCCUCGGGAGCCUGCGCUCUGCACAGGGCCACCGGUCCUCUGGGAUCCCCUUCCAGAAAAGCAAGAGCUGGACUGGCCAUUAUGGAAGAAGAGGUACAGCAGCACCCACACUGUGUGAACUGUGUCAGUAGAAGGUGUAUGACCAGACCAGAGCCUGGGAUUUCCUGUGACCUGAUUGGUUGUCCAUUGGUCUGUGGAGCAGUUUUCCAUUCUUGUAAAGCUGAUGAACAUCGACUCUUGUGUCCCUUUGAACGAGUACCUUGCUUAAAUAGUAACUUUGGAUGUCCAUUUACCAUGGCACGAAAUAAAGUUGCUGAACAUCUAGAAAUGUGUCCUGCAAGUGUGGUGUGCUGUACUAUGGAAUGGAACCGAUGGCCAGUUAGUUACGCAGACCGGAAAUCAUAUGAAAAUCUAAGCAGAGAUGUUGAUGAAGUGGCACAAUUAGACAUGGCCUUGGCUCUUCAAGAUCAAAGAAUGCUUUUGGAAUCUCUCAAAGUUGCCACCAUGAUGUCAAAAGCAACUGAUAAAAUAUCUGAACCUAGAGAACAAAUUUCAGUGAAAUCAAAUGUUCAGGAAAUGCCAUGUACUAAUGGGUUGGUAUCUGUUGAUGAAGAAUCAUAUGGUGCACUUUAUCAAGCUACUGUAGAAACAACUAGAAGUUUGGCUGCUGCUUUAGAUAUCCUGAAUUCUGCCACAAGAGACAUUGGCAUGUUAAAUACAAGUCUUCAUGCUACCACAAAUGAAAUGGAUGAGAAUAACAGAGAAAGUUUCCAGGAAAGAAACUUAAAAGACCAAGACCACCUUCAUGAGGAUGGGGUAGGGGCAGUAGGUGGAGUUGACCUUAAUGGCACAAGUCAGAAUGUUCAGUCUGAACAAAAUGGUUCCAGUGAUUUACUAUGCAACUUAAAUACAAGCUCUUUUGGUACUUCUGCCCUUUGUAAUGGCUUUCCUUUGGAAAAUAUGUGUUCACAGGUCAAAGACCAGAAUCAAAAUUCUCCUGGUGAUUCCAUAGAAAAUAACAUAGAAAAUGGAGACUGUGCAGCAGCAGAUGGUACUUUAGAACCUUCCAGUUCACUUUUAGUAGCAGCACAACUUAGGGAAAUAAUUCCUUUCAAUGCUUUGCCCGAUAGCACAUUUCAACAUAUCCUCAUGCCAGAUGAAGAUGAGGAGGAGGAUUUGCAUUGGAAAAAGGGAGACUUAGGGGACUUGAAGGAUGUUGAUAACUCACCUUUCAGUCAUGCUCCUUCAUUCAGGUUUCUUUCUAAUUCAUGGUAUAUACCAAAGGAAGACAAAGCAGUCGAUACAUCAGAUUUAGAAGUUGCAGAAGAUCCCAUGGACCUCCAAGGAAUCGAUCUGAUUACAGCAGCAUUACUCUUUUGUCUGGGAGAUUCUCCAGGUGGGAGGGGAAUAUCUGAUAGCCGCAUGGUUGAUGUUUAUCACAUUGACUUUGGGACACAGACGUUCUCACUUCCAUCUGCAAUAUUAGCUACAAAUACAAUGGUUGGAGAGAUAGCCUCAGCUUCAGCAUGUGAUCAUGCCAAUCCACAGCUUUCAAAUCCAAGUCCUUUUCAGACACUUGGGCUGGAUCUAGUCUUGGAAUGUGUUGCUAGGUACCAGCCUAAGCAGCGUUCAAUGUUUACCUUUGUAUGUGGACAGUUAUUUAGAAGAAAAGAAUUUUCUUCCCAUUUUAAGAAUGUACAUGGUGACAUCCAUGCUGGACUCAAUGGAUGGAUGGAACAGAGGUGUCCUUUGGCUUAUUAUGGUUGUACCUAUUCUCAGCGUAGAUUUUGUCCAUCAACACAAGGAGCAAAGAUUAUACAUGACCGCCAUUUAAGGUCAUUUGGAGUUCAGCCAUGUGUAUCUACAGUAUUAGAAGAGCCUUCGAGAAACUGUGUGUUGGGAUUACGUAGUGACCAUCUAAGUAGUCUCCCAUUUGAGGUACUGCAGCAUAUUGCAGGCUUCCUAGAUGGCUUCAGUUUAUGCCAGCUUUCCUGUGUAUCCAGGCUAAUGAGGGAUGUGUGUGGCAGUCUACUUCAGUCUCGUGGAAUGGUAAUAUUGCAGUGGGGGAAAAAGAAGUAUCCAGAAGGAAAUUCAUCAUGGCAGAUAAAGGAAAAGGUAUGGCGAUUCAGUACUGCAUUUUGUUCUGUUAAUGAAUGGAAAUUUGCUGACAUCCUAAGCAUGGCUGACCACUUGAAGAAUUGCAGUUACAAUGUUAUAGAGAAACGGGAGGAAGCAAUCCCAUUGCCGUGUAUGUGUGUGACUCGAGAACUUACUAAAGAAGGACGUUCACUGCGCUCAGUUUUAAAACCCGUACUUUAAAAACUGUAUUUACUUGCACAUACAUGCAAGCACCUGGUAUGAGUUUUGUAAUAUAUGACACUUUAUUAAUGUAUUAAAGACUACAACUAGCUCAGUUUAUCGUCACUAUGUACAUACUGUUUUGCAGUGACAUAUAUUUUUAUAAUGUACUGUUAAUUGGGGAAAAAAGUUGCCUUAAUAUUUGAAGUGUGUAAAAUUGUUGGAACAUUGCUAGACAGGGUAAUCUAAUCUUUAUCUGCAUAAUUUUUAAAAUUAGUAAUUUUAAUGGUGUGCAUAUUUAAGUUCUGAAAAUUUUUGCUUCUCAAACUAAGAACUUGACCAAAAAAUUAAUUUUUUAUGUUUUCUGUGGGUUGAAGCCCAUAUUAUCAAAAAGCAAAACUUUGAUUCAAAUUUUUCCUGCAAACAUUUUUUUCACAGAACACAUUCAGUUGUUUAAACACUGCCAUAAGAUUGCUAUCAAGUUUUUCUGAUACUUUUCUAAUUAUUGAUCAUACAUGAUCUCCAGUACUUACAUACAGGAACAAUAAUGACUUCAUGCUUUCAAAACAACUCAUAAAAAUGUUUUCAUCCUCUUUUCUUUACUACUCUUCUGCUGAAAAUGAUCCUAUGCAGUUCUUUAUCACUAAAUUCCAUGUCUGAGUAGUCAUGGCACAAUGUACUAUAUGACAGACUACAGUAAAAAACAAAGCAAGCCUAUGAAUUUAACUUGAAAUUUUUCAUGGUGUUUCAUAUUUUCCUAGGUAUCUAAUGUUUGAAAAAAAAAAUAUACCUCACUAUAAGUUUGAAUUUGGCAUAUUGUUUGAAUAAACUUCAAAUAUUCAGAAUUCAAAGGGUUUGACUCUUUAAGGGGCUUUAAAAAUGUUCGUAUAAUGAACUAUAUGUCUAUAAAAAUACACUGGCAUUGUUUUAAGCCAUUUAAAAAUGUGAAAUUUCCAAGUGUUUGUAAGUUAACAUCAAGCAGAAACCUGCCUUGGUUGAUAAUCUUUUUGAAACAUUUCCCCAGUCAUGCUUCAUAUUUCCCUGUCAGGACAUAAGAGUUGUGUCUUUUUGUAAAAAUCAAGUGUGAUAAUGAAAUAGUCAAGAAUCUACAGUUUUGAAAUUGAUUUAUACCAUAUUCACUUAACAUGCUUCUUUUAAAGAAAUGAGCAUUCAGGGUCGAUAUGUAGAAGUAAAUUCCAGAGGCAGAGACAAAAGUCACAUAUCCACAUAAAUUCUGGCUCUGGUGAGCUGAAAUGGCCAGUGAUGCUGAAAAUCAACUGUGUCUUCUUUGUACGUUGUUUUGGAAGUCCUUUGUGGUUACGGGUGCCUGUUUCCAGAUGUGGCAGUCAGACUGGCAAGCGGGAGGACUAGUCACCUGUUCCUCAUCUGUCCUUUAACCCGGGUGCUUAAACUUUCUGUUUCAACUGGGAGACUGAAUUGCAUUAAAAAACAAACAACAACAAUAAUAAUAAUUAAAAAAAAAAAAAACAAAAAACCUUUUGUUUCUGCCAAAAGGUAGAAAUAGGAAUCAAAUGUGACAGAAUAUAACUUUGCUUUUUAAACUUUUUUCUGAAGAAUGUGUCUAUAGUCAGGUAACAUAAGCAUUAACCUUAUGUUUUAUGUUUGUAUUUUUUAAAAUUUCAUGGUUUGUAAAUUUCAAUCCCGUUCCACACUGAGAUAACUAAUAUUUUAUUUUCACUGAAUGAAAUGGAUAUUUUAAUAAUAGCGUAUGUACAUGAAAACUUUCUAUCUACUUUUAUUUUGUUUGAAUAAAUACUUUUUACAACUUA